GAAGCACGACAUUAUUUUUCAACGAAACUUCGCAACUGUUCCUCUUAAUUCACACGCGCCGCUUGUUUAUCUCUCACGCGCCACCGUCGUGUAAACCAUAAAAAAAUCUCAAAUCUAAAAAACUCUUUCGUUUUCAACUUUUCCUUUUCUUCUUCCUUCUUUAUCUUUCUCACUUCUCCUUUUUCCAUCGUCCUAUCAUUUUCUCCUUCUUCUUCACCUCAAGAUCUCAAAAACAAAAAGAUAAAUCAAUCAAAACCUUAGGGUUUCUUCUAAUUUAUGUGUGUGAUGAUAAGACAAUCAUCAUCGUCAUGGGAGGAGUAACUUCAUCAAUCGCAGCAAAAUUCGCUUUUUUCCCGCCAUCACCACCGUCUUACGGAUUUGUUUCCGACGUUGACCGAUUAUAUAUAACAGAAGUACCUCGCCGUGAUGAUGUUGAUGUAUUGAAGCUAAAGACUCGUCGUGGUAACGAGAUUGUAGCUAUUUAUAUUAAACAUCCUAAAGCUAAUGGUACGCUUUUGUAUUCACAUGGUAACGCUGCUGAUUUGGGUCAAAUGUUUGAGCUUUUCGUUGAGCUUAGUAAUCGUCUCCGACUUAAUCUCAUGGGAUAUGAUUACUCUGGUUAUGGUCAGUCUACUGGAAAGGCAAGUGAAUGUAAUACAUAUGCUGAUAUAGAUGCAUCAUAUACCUGCCUUAAGGAACAUUAUGGUGUUAAAGAUGAUCAACUGAUCUUAUAUGGUCAGUCUGUUGGUAGUGGACCAACGAUUGAUCUAGCUUCACGUACGCCUAAUUUAAGAGGGGUGGUUUUGCACAGCCCUAUUCUGUCUGGGAUGAGAGUUUUGUAUCCGGUUAAACGUACAUAUUGGUUUGACAUUUACAAGAAUAUCGACAAGAUCAGUGCAGUUACCUGUCCUGUCUUAGUAAUCCAUGGGACUGCAGAUGAAGUGGUUGAUUGUUCUCAUGGAAAACAGCUUUGGGAACUUUCAAAAGAGAAGUAUGAACCUUUAUGGGUAUCUGGAGGAGGACACUGCAAUCUAGAACUCUAUCCAGAGUUCAUAAAACAUCUGAAGAAAUUCGUAAUCUCUAUCUCCAAACCCAAGGGACCAAGAAAUGGUUCGAACAAGACUGCAACGACGGAUACAACUAAAAACCAGAGUAAGCCUUCAGAGAACGGUCGUUCUGAUACAUUUCAACUUGGUUGCUGCCUCCCAGAAGUUUCUAGAAACAGUGUAGACAGUCAGCUGGAGAAAUCUAAGAAGACUAGUAAACCCGAGAAGUCCCGAAUGAGCAUUGAUAGGUUUAGAAGGAAAAAAGGUCUAGUCUGGUGACAUAAAGCGGUCAGAACCAUCACCAAAACAGGUUAUUUGUAACUCCUGUUUCUGUAAUCCAUGUAUUUUGUUUUCUCUCUGCGGCCACUAAAUAUGUUUCUGCAUAAAUUUAUAACGUGUGUUUUGUUUUUUUCUCAGGCUUGUGUAUGUAUUUUCUGAUAGAAACAGAUCAAACUCAAAAGUCUUGAUUUCAUAUUUGGUUGUAACUUUUUCAUGGUACAAAAGCUGUAAUGACUGACUAGUUUUACAUUAA